GUGGCUUACGCUCUGGGUCGCUCCUUCCUCGGAGCUUGCGUUUACGGCAGUUGCUCCCUGCCCGGACUACCACACAGCGUGGGCUCCUGCGUGUGGAGUCGGACUCGCGCACACGCGUGUCUCUGGGCAGAUACGGCGCCGAGAGGCCAGGAGGGAAGGGGGCACCGGGGAGGCUCGACGUUUCUUUCCGCCCAGAGGGCCCAGGGGCAGCCAGGCGCGGGCCACUGAGGAAGAGGGGACAGCCCCGGCUUCCAGCUGUCGUCGCCGCCGCAGUCACAAUUUGAAGAGGGGAACCGGGCCGGGCCGGGGAGGUGGAAGAGGGAGUAAAGCGAGACGGGCCACUGGGAUCGCCGACAGCCCGGGGAGAACUGAGAUUCCAGAUGGCAAAUUCUAUGAAUGGCAGAAAUCCUGGUGGUCGAGGAGGAAAUCCCCGAAAAGGAAGGAUUUUGGGUAUUAUUGAUGCUAUUCAGGAUGCAGUUGGACCCCCUAAGCAAGCAGCAGCAGAUCGAAGAACUGUGGAGAAAACUUGGAAACUCAUGGACAAAGUGGUCAGACUGUGCCAAAAUCCCAAACUUCAGUUGAAAAAUAGCCCACCAUAUAUACUUGAUAUUUUACCUGAUACAUAUCAGCAUUUGCGACUUAUAUUGAGUAAAUAUGAUGACAACCAGAAACUUGCCCAACUCAGUGAGAAUGAAUAUUUUAAAAUCUACAUUGAUAGUCUAAUGAAAAAGUCAAAACGGGCCAUAAGACUCUUUAAAGAAGGCAAGGAGAGGAUGUACGAAGAGCAGUCACAGGACAGCUUGCUGUGUAGCAGAUGGUCGUUAUAUCAUUUACGACUCUUCAGGGAGUGCAUAAAUACAUGUACACGAAUAAAAAACAGCUUAUUCUGGCGAAAUCUCACAAAGCUGUCCCUUAUCUUCAGUCACAUGCUGGCAGAAAUCAAAGCAAUCUUCCCCAAUGGACAGUUCCAGGGAGAUAAUUUUCGUAUCACAAAAGCAGAUGCUGCUGAAUUCUGGAGAAAGUUUUUUGAAGACAAAACUAUAGUGCCAUGGAAAGUAUUCAGACAGUGCCUUCACGAGGUCCAUCAGAUUAGCUCUGGCCUAGAAGCAAUGGCUCUAAAAUCAACAAUUGAUUUAACGUGUAAUGAUUAUAUUUCGGUUUUUGAAUUUGAUAUUUUUACGAGGCUAUUUCAGCCUUGGGGCUCUAUAUUGCGGAAUUGGAAUUUCUUAGCUGUAACACAUCCGGGUUACAUGGCAUUUCUCACAUAUGAUGAAGUUAAGGCACGACUACAGAAAUACAGCACCAAACCUGGAAGCUACAUUUUCCGGCUAAGCUGCACUAGGUUGGGACAGUGGGCCAUCGGUUAUGUGACAGGGGAUGGCAAUAUCUUACAGACCAUACCUCAUAACAAGCCCUUAUUUCAAGCCCUGAUUGAUGGCAGCAGGGAAGGAUUCUACCUUUAUCCUGAUGGGAGGAGUUAUAACCCUGAUUUAACUGGAUUAUGUGAGCCUACACCCCAUGAUCAUAUAAAAGUUACACAGGAGCAAUAUGAAUUGUAUUGUGAAAUGGGCUCCACUUUUCAGCUCUGUAAAAUUUGUGCUGAGAACGACAAAGAUGUCAAGAUUGAGCCUUGUGGGCAUCUGAUGUGCACCUCGUGCCUUACAGCGUGGCAGGAGUCAGAUGGCCAGGGCUGCCCCUUCUGUCGCUGUGAAAUAAAAGGAACGGAGCCCAUCAUUGUGGACCCCUUUGAUCCAAGAGAUGAAGGCUCCAGGUGCUGUAGCAUCAUUGACCCCUUUGGAAUGCCGAUGCUGGACUUGGAUGACGAUGAUGACCGAGAGGAGUCCUUGAUGAUGAAUCGGUUGGCAAAUGUUCGAAAGUACACUGACCGGCAGAAUUCACCAGUCACCUCACCAGGGUCAUCUCCCCUUGCACAGAGAAGAAAGCCACAGCAGGACCCUCUGCAGAGCCCACAUCUAAGCCUGCCUCCCGUGCCUCCCCGCCUGGACCUGAUUCAGAAAGGCAUAGUUCGGUCUCCGUGUGGUAGCCCAACUGGUUCACCAAAGUCUUCGCCUUGCAUGGUGAGAAAACAAGAUAAACCACUCCCAGCACCGCCUCCUCCCUUAAGAGACCCUCCUCCCCCUCCACCUGAGAGACCUCCCCCCAUCCCACCUGACAAUAGGCUGAGUCGGCACUUGCACCCCGUGGAGAGUGUUCCUUCCAGGGACCAGCCCAUGCCUCUGGAAGCCUGGUGCCCUCGGGAUGUCCAUGGGACUAAUCAAGCAGUGGGAUGUCGACUCGUAGGGGAUGGCUCUCCAAAGCCUGGGAUCACAGCGAGUUCAGUUGUCAAUGGAAGACACAGUAGAGUGGGCUCUGACCCAGUGCUGAUGAGGAAACAGAGACGCCAUGAUUUGCCUUUAGAAGGAGCCAAGGUCUUUUCCAAUGGCCACCUGGGAAGUGAAGAAUAUGAUGUUCCUCCUCGGCUUUCUCCUCCUCCUCCAGCGACUGCCCUCCUCCCUAGCAUCAAGUGUACUGGUCCAUUAGCAAAUUCUCUUUCAGAGAAAACAAGAGACCCAGUGGAGGAAGAUGACGAUGAAUAUAAGAUUCCUUCAUCCCAUCCUGUUUCCCUGAAUUCACAACCAUCUCAUUGUCAUAAUGUAAAACCUCCUCUUAGGUCUUAUGAUAAUGGUCAUUGUAUAUUGAAUGGAACACAUGGUACACCUUCAGAGAUGAAGAAAUCAAACAUCCCUGAGUUAGGCAUAUAUUUAAAGGGAGAUGUUUUUGAUUCAGCUUCUGAUGCAGUGCCAUUGCCACCUGCCAGGCCUCCAGCUCGGGACAAUGCAAAGCAUGGUUCUUCGCUCAACAGGACGCCCUCUGAUUAUGAUCUUCUCAUCCCUCCAUUAGGUGAAGGUGCUUUGGAUGCCCUCCCCCCGUCCCUCCCACCUCCCCCACCUCCUGCAAGGCAUAGUCUCAUCGAACAUUCGAAACCUCCUGGCUCCAGCAGCCGACCAUCCUCAGGACAGGACCUUUUCCUUCUCCCCUCAGAUCCCUUUUUUGAUCCAGCAAGUAGCCAAGUUCCUUUGCCUCCUGCAAGGAGACUGCCCGGUGAAAAUGUCAAAUCCAAUAGGACAUCGCAGGAUUACGAUCAGCUUCCUUCAUCUUCAGAUGGUUCACAAGCACCAGCCAGACCUCCUAAACCACGACCCCGCAGGACUGCACCCGAAAUUCACCACAGAAAACCCCACGGCCCCGAGGCAGCAUUGGAAAAUGUCGAUGCAAAAAUUGCGAAACUGAUGGGCGAGGGUUACGCGUUUGAAGAGGUGAAGAGAGCCUUAGAGAUAGCCCAGAACAACGUGGAGGUGGCCCGUAGCAUCCUCCGGGAGUUCGCCUUCCCGCCUCCGGUCUCCCCGCGCCUCAAUCUAUAG